AUGGCCAGCCAUAUCAUCGGCAACCGCAACAGCACGCCUGAAGCCUCCAAGUCCAGUCUUCGUCCUCCAUCGUCGUCUCGUAAUCUAGGAUCGCACCAGCUUCGUGCAUCGGCCGAUAUGUCGGGCUUCCCAUCUCCUCUGUCAUCCCGCAGCAUCCGUCCUUCCUCGGAAGUCUACUUCAAUCAGCAGUCGCAGGCGUCGAACAACGCGGAGGAUCCGUUGGACCGUGCGGCUCAGCAGUGGCUCGCGGAUAUUGAUCAGUACGAGACUACAUUGGAAGAAAUGGCCGCUGCCACGCUGGACCAGGAUUUCAAGGAUGAGCUUAGCGCCAUCGAGCAGUGGUUCCGGGUUCUUAGCGAGGCGGAGAGGACUGCUGCCCUUUACGCUCUGUUGCAGCAGACCACUCAGGUGCAGAUUCGUUUCUUCAUUCAGGUCUUGCAGCAGAUGGCCAAGAGCCAUCCCAUGUCGGGACUGUUGUCUCCGGCCAACUUUGGCGAGAAGGAUGCCAUGUCUAACCGCCUGAAUGAUGCCAUGUCCAAGUUGAACGUGGACAGCUCCCGGAGCUCCCUCGGUCGCCCCCCGCCGUCCCCCGGUGCCAAGCGCAACUCCGGGCUCGACUCGUCCACCAUCAAUGCCAUGUUCCCUGAUGCUGCUGCGGCAAUUGCAAAGAAGAAGGCUGAGUUCACCCAGCAAACGGGCAAUGCUCCUCCUUCGAACCGGAACAGCGCUGUUUUCGAUCGGACUUCCUUUGUGGCACCCACCAUUUCGGCCCCAGACAACAGCAACGACACCUUGGGCCAGCCUCCGGUUUCGCCCUGGGCCCAGCGCGGAUCUGAGCCGCAACCCCCUAUCGCCCGUCCCAAGUCUUCGUCCGGUCAUCAGCCCAUGGGCCAAUUCAGCCAGACUCCUUCGAGCCUGCGCUCUCCGCUCCCUACCCAAACCGCCACGAUCCCUGCCCCCGAGAUUGAUGCUCCUUUGCUCUCGCCUUACAAUGUUGGAAAUGCCAGCUGGGCCUCCAUGACCAACACCCCCAUGACGGCGACCUUUGGCCAGCAGCCGCAGCAGCCCCAGCAGAAUUCGCAGGCCGAUAUGGUGGCCAACGCGACUGCGAUGAAGCUGGCCGCACUGUCGACCGUCAACAACCGUAUUGCACUUGAUGAUGCUCGCAAGUACCGUCGGGCUCGCUCCAACGAUGGCCAGGGUAAGAACUCGGCCAACAGCCACGCCAUGUCUCAGGGUGGCCUGGCCAGCCCGGGCCUCCCGGGCCACAGUCACCUUGUUGCCGGACAGCUGUUGAACACUCAGCAGCUGGCGGCUUUGCAGGCACAGCAACAGGCUGCGAUGGCGGGUCGUCGCUCCCGCCCGACGUCGCCUGGAAUCGCCAUGCAGGGUGCUGGCGGACUUGGUCCGAUGGGCUUCACUUCGCCGCAGAACAACGGCUUCUUGGCAGCAUAUGACCCGAACAACCCGCUCAUGGGUAACGGCCUGGGUGCACUUGGUAUCGGGCAGUUUGGCCUGGGAGGUCCUGAGGGCUACCUCUCAGACCACUCGGAAGUGGCUCGCGGCCGGUCCCCGCGUGGUCGUCGCGGUAGCUCGAAGCCGCCGGAGGACCCCACGGACCCUAACCUCUUGAAGGACAUUCCCAGCUGGCUGAGAUCGCUGCGGCUGCACAAGUACACGGAAAACCUGAAGGACUUGAAAUGGACGGAGCUGGUCGAAUUGAACGACAAGGCGCUGGAAGACCGCGGCGUCAAUGCUCUUGGUGCCAGAAACAAAAUGCUCAAGGUUUUUGAACAAGUCAGAGAAGCCAAAGCCGAGGGCAAGCUCGACAACAUUGCGUGA